AGUGAGUCCAGCUCCAUGUAUCCAGAAUCGACCACGGGCUCCCCAGCGCGGCUCUCCCUGCGGCAGACGGGCUCCCCCGGCAUGAUCUACAGUACUCGCUAUGGGAGUCCCAAAAGACAGCUCCAGUUUUACAGUGGCAGCUCCCAGGCCAGACGGUACCAUGUUGUCCAUGACGUACAGCGAGAGCCUGAGAAGCGUGAGCAGCAGGUGUCACUCUGACUGGGCCCUGCAGCCCGUCCGCCAGCCCGACGCGCUGGAGCUGCAGCGGUUGUGGGAGGUGCGGGCGGCCGCCCAGGCCAGGAACAUGGAGCGUUUCCUCUGCAUGCACGGCCUCUCCCUGGACAGCUGCACCGCCCGGCGCACCGGCAUGAAGUACCGGAACCUGGGCAAGUCGGGCCUGCGUGUGUCCUGCCUGGGGCUUGGGACAUGGGUGACCUUCGGAGGCCAGAUCACCGACGAGAUGGCAGAGCAGCUCAUGACCUUGGCCUACGACAACGGCAUCAACCUCUUCGAUACCGCAGAAGUCUACGCGGCGGGCAAAGCUGAAGCUGUUUUAGGGAACAUCAUUAAGAAGAAGGGAUGGAGACGAUCCAGCCUGGUCAUCACCACCAAGAUCUUCUGGGGAGGAAAAGCGGAGACUGAAAGGGGUCUUUCCAGGAAGCACAUCAUAGAAGGUCUGAAGGCCUCCCUGGAGCGGCUACAGCUGGAAUAUGUGGACGUGGUGUUUGCCAACCGCCCAGACCCCAACACGCCCAUGGAAGGGGACCCAUUUAGUUCCUCCAAGUCCAGGACAUUCAUCAUAGAAGAGACCGUCCGUGCCAUGACCCACGUCAUCAACCAGGGGAUGGCCAUGUACUGGGGCACAUCGCGCUGGAGCUCCAUGGAGAUCAUGGAGGCCUACUCCGUGGCCCGCCAGUUCAAUCUCAUCCCGCCCAUCUGCGAGCAGGCCGAGUACCACAUGUUCCAGCGCGAGAAGGUGGAGGUGCAGCUGCCUGAGCUCUUCCACAAGAUAGGAGUGGGCGCCAUGACCUGGUCCCCUCUGGCCUGCGGCAUCGUUUCUGGAAAGUACGACAGUGGCAUCCCACCCUACUCAAGGGCCUCCCUGAAGGGCUACCAGUGGCUAAAGGACAAGAUCCUGAGUGAGGAGGGUCGACGCCAACAGGCCAAGCUGAAGGAGCUACAGGCCAUCGCAGAGCGCCUGGGCUGCACCCUCCCGCAGCUGGCCAUAGCCUGGUGCCUGAGGAAUGAAGGGGUCAGUUCCGUGCUCCUGGGUGCUUCCAGCGCAGACCAGCUAAUGGAGAACAUUGGAGCAAUACAGGUCCUCCCCAAGCUGUCGUCUUCCAUUAUCCACGAGAUCGAUAGUAUUUUGGGCAAUAAACCCUACAGCAAAAAGGACUACCGGUCCUAAGAAGCCCCGCGCUGGCCCGGACACUUUCCCUUCCUCUCCUAGUCUCUCUGUUCGCUGCUCGCUUAAGCUGUUUUGAAGCCAAGAGUGUGGUUUGCAUCAAAAAGAAAACAUGGCACCGAGAUGAUGUCAUCGGGAAAACGUUUCAAAAGUCCCUGCAACGCACCAUCCGCUGCUUCCAGGGACCCACGUGGCUUCCAGGGACCUAUGUCGUGGCGGGGACAUUGAUUAUUAGAAGGACGGUAAAGUGGUCCCACCCAAGCCUGCAGCCUCUGCUCACCCUCCAAGAAGAAACCAUGUUUUCUCCCAACUGCGACCCUUUUCAGAGACUCCUCAAGUCCAGGCCAGGCCGGGCCAGUUGGGGCCUGGGGGCAGGCAGGGCUGGCCACUCCUCUGGGUGCCCCACCUGGUCUUGGUCUUUCUGCGGCCCCCUCUGCGGGGCCUGGACGUUGGGGCUGGGCCUCCCCACGGGGGUGUCCCUCUGGCCAAGGGCUCCAGGUUCUUCCCAACGGGCCUGACCUCAGAUGCUUCCCCCACCCCUUGUCCACAGCCACCUGCCCCAGGGGGCCUCUGAGGCGCCUCCCGUGCUGUACCUUGACCCCUACCUCCUCCCUUGCUGGCAGGGGCAGGGAUCCAGGGGGAUUGGCUCUGCAAUUUGGGACCCACAAAAAGUUUGGGGAUCUGAUUUCAAGCUCAUCUCCCCACUAUCUUGCUCCCUACACGCAACCAAUGAGCCCCAUACCAGGGUGGUUCGGAGCACUUGGCAGGGGGCCUGGUGGAGCGGGCUCUAGCCCAGGUCUCCCCAGGGCCCCACCUGCUCUCCCUGCCAGGUACCCAGUCUGCUACCCCAUCUGUGCCCCAGAAGGCCCUGAGGUCGUGCACGCUUAGCUAGACUGUGGCUGCUGACCACUCUCGCGGGAGGAUGGUGCCUCUGCUCUGCCUGGGGUGAUGGCAUUGGGUCUGCAGAGAGGACAUGCUGAGAUCUUUACAGUGAGAGAGGGUCCCUGGGGUCUUCUGCACUGUGUGCCCAGGGCUGGGAGACCUGACACCUAGCAGCAGCCCCCGCAAUGUAGGAAAAGAUGCCAGGAGCCUCUCCUUGAAGAGGUGCCCCCUGCAAGGCCUCCGAUUGGGUGAGGCUGGGGUGUUCCGUCUUGGGCUGCUAAGUGUCUAUGUGCUCAGAGCUUAUGACCUGGACAGAUGGGCAGCGGUGCCGCCCCUGGGACUCCCCACACCCUGUGAAAAGUGGGGAUGGCUGGGGUUGGUCAUUCCCUUUUAUGCUACCCCCCGGCCUGGAACAGAUUGGGGACAGGGAGGCAGGCAGGACAAACAGAACCGUCAGCCCCUUUGCAGCCCCAGCCUGGGGCGGGCGGGGAGAUCUGCAGCCAGGAGCCCUGCCCCUGUGGUCCUGAGAGGUACCCCAGCCUUUGCUGGCUAUGUGGGGGGCAGGAGCCAGGCUCUACAGAUGUGCCAGCCCACUGUGGGCGGCCCUGUGUGCCUCCCGCCCUGGGCAGGCAGCGCCUGCCAGCCCCACCUGGGCACCCCACACCCUCACACUCACCCUGAGAGGCGGGCACGGCGGGUCCUGCUUUCAUAGAUGCUGCCGUUACCAGAGACGCUCCCUGCCAUUCUCAGAGGGACUGCCCUCAGUCCUGGCUGGGCUGAAGCCUGGGAGACCCGCUCUGAGAAAGCCACAAAGUCAGGAGGACAGCCUUCUCCACUGCUGACCUUUGUGCUGACCCCGGAGUCUAGAACCUGCCCCCCUCCUCACAGACCAGACCCUUGGGGGUCUUCUCCACCCAGUCUCCUGCAAGCGUCACCCUGUGGGUGUGGGGAGGGGGCAACACCUGUCCCAAAAGAGGUGCCUGACCCACUCCCUGUCACCCGGGGUGGAAGAGUCCUGCCCUGAGGACAGGGCCCUGCAUGGGCACUUUGUCCCAGGACCACACAGUGGGCCAAAUCGCACCCCCAUCACUGGGGAGAGUGGCUGGGCCCCCUCCACACGGCUGCCCCCAGAACGCCCACUGUUGGAGCAGGGACCAGGACUUGUCGCGGGCCCGAGGUGGGCGCUGCUGCCCCCAGGAGCCACACCCAGGAAGGCCGAGCCCCUGUUGGCUGCAUGUUUGCCAAACAGGGUCCCCAAGGUUGAGCUCAGCCAAGGCCUAAAUGGCCAGUGCCAGGCCCCAGCAGCCCUGGCCCUAGGGCACUGUCCUCAGCCUGGCUCUGAGGUGUCCUGUUCUCCACUCACUGCAGGGAGGACGGGCUCUGCUUCCUGGGGGAGGGCCCCCUGACUUAGGAGGGGGCCGGAGUAGGGCAGAGGAAGUUGGAUGGACAUCGAAGGGCAGUCAGAGCCUGACAAGGAAAGAACUGGGCAGGGGCGGGCCUGAGAGGCGGGGCCUCCCUAGCCCCUCCCCUAGCCCCUCCUCCUCCCCUUGAAGCCGAAUCUGCCCUGGGUCCCUCAGGAGUGCCCUACGCUGGAACUAGGCCUGGUCUGGGGGCAGGGCUAGGGUCAGUCUUUCUUGUUAAGGACACACGGAGCCCCCACCAUCGCUCAUCCCACAUCCGUGGUCAAAUCCAAGGUCCCCAAGAGCGGCACAGGCCUCGCUCGCCUUCUGUUCUUUUCCAGUCUUGUAAAUAUGUGCUUCUCUCUCUCCCUUUUUUUAAUGACUGAUUCCUCCGCUAACUGCACUCACUCCCUCUGCAGGCGAGACUGCCAUACGUCUUGCGCUUCCAAAUGCCACUCAGCCGAGACGCAAGCCCGUAUUUAUGGAAUGACAAAAUAAAACCCAAGCCCGUAGGGUC